AUGUCUAAUCCGAUUGUAGAAACAUCACAAGGAAAAUUACAAGGGUUAUUAAGUGAAAGUGAUAGUGGGACCAAGUUUUAUACAUUUAAAAGUAUACCAUAUGCUAAACCUCCAAUAAAUGAGCUAAGAUUUUCUCCACCUUUAGCUCCAGACUCUUGGGAAGGGGUCCGUGAUGCUACAAAAGAUUGCAACAUUUGUGCCCAGUUUGACAAAGAGACAAUGAAUGUUGUUGGUGAUGAAGAUUGUUUAUAUUUAAAUGUGUAUACUCCUAAACUUCCUACGGAUGGUGUGGCUCUACCUGUGAUGGUAUUUUUCCAUGGAGGUGGCUUUGUGUUUGGUAGUGGAACAGAUGACUCUAUUCAUGGAGCUGACUAUUUAGUUGAAAAAGAUGUGGUUGUUGUAUCUUUAAAUUACCGUUUAGGUAUAUUAGGAUUUCUAUGUUUGGGUACUAAAGAUGCCCCAGGAAAUAUGGGUCUUAAGGAUCAAGUACAAGCUCUAAAAUGGAUUAAUCAAAACAUCAAAAGCUUUGGUGGAGAUCCUGGAAAUAUAACCAUUUUUGGCAUCAGUGCUGGUGGAGCAUCUGUUGAAUAUUUAAUGCUUUCACCUAUGGCUAAAGGCUUAUUUCAUAAAGCAAUAGCUCAAUCAGGAUCCUCCUUAUUGCACUGGGCGCAAACAACAAACCAGAAAGUGAAGGAUCUAGCCCAAAUUAUACCAACAUUAAAGAAAAAAAUUACUAAUAAUAGCAAAGAAUUAUUAGAGUACCUCAAAGGGAUGCCACUUGAUGAGUUGAUUCGUAAUUCUAUGCUUGUAUUGGCUUUAGAUAAAUGGAGAGGUGGUAUUCAUUUUGGUUUUGUACCAACUAUUGAAGAAGAAGGUGAUUGGGAGCCUUUUAUCACUAAGUCAACCUAUAGUUUAUUAGCGCAGGGUGAGUUUAAUAAAGUUCCAUAUAUGGCUGGUUUUUGUGACCGAGAAGGUCUUUUGAUGGUGUCUCACGGUGGCCCUAUUUUAGAAAAACUGACUGAGGAGAAAAACUUUUUAUCCCACCUUCCUUUUGAGAUUGAUGCAACACAAAAGGUUGAGAUGGAAACACUACUGAAAUGUGUUUAUAUGGAGGGUGAAAAAAAUUACAAGGAUAUUGAUUCCUUUGCAAUUGAUUUCUUCUCAGAUGUAGAUUUUCUUGGUGGUGUUUAUGUCUCCACAAUGUUAAUUGCAAAACACAAUUCACCAGUUUACUUGUAUGAGUUUGCGUAUGAUGGAAGUUUGAAUUAUUUAAAAAAGAAAAUGAAGAUUGAUAGAGAAGGUGCAUGCCAUGGGGAUGAUGGGGGUUACCUUGUGAAGAGUAAAAUCCUGAAAGAUCCUUUAUCAGAAACAGAUAUAUUAGUGAAGGACAGACUAUGUACUAUGUGGACUAAUUUUGCUAAAUUUGGAAAUCCUACACCGAAGACAGACAAUACUCUACCUUGUAUAUGGGAGCCUGUAGCCGAAACUGGAUUGACAUAUUUAAAAAUUGAUAAAGAUUUGACAAACAAACAAGAGUUAUACCCAAAACGUAUGAAACUUUUCAAAGAGCUGUAUGAAAAUUAUUAUAAAUCUUAG